AUGCGAACUUUGCAGACUGAUGUUGGAGGGCUCUUGUUGAUGCUUGGUCAGAGAACCAGUCCGGCUGGGAGCUCGACUGACGAAGGCGGUGUGGGUGAUCUGCCAUUGCCCUUCCCACGCGGCGAUCGAUUCUCUCACGCCUCUCCCGUCUUGAUUCAUUGCGCCAUGGGCUUGUCGGAACCUGUGAACUUCUGUGUCUAA